UGCACGCCGCAUCCAUCCACUAGAAUACCCACAAUAACCUAACGUCACUAACUUAAGACAGCGGGGUGGAAACUAACUAAAUUAACCUUUUAUGUUCAAGAACUUCAAGAACCUACCACAGGUAGCUCACUCUUUUCGCCAUGGACGGCCAAGCACCCAACCCGCUGCUAUCUCCGCCCGAGCUCUCACCUCUCGAGCAGGAGGUGCUCGAGGAAUAUGAGCGACUCGCCGAAAGCAUGAAGAAGCUCGCAAACGUCCUCGACACCAUGGCCGGGCAGCCCACAACCGAGAUCCUCGACGGCCUACGCGAGCUCGAGCGCAAGGCCAGUCUCGUCUUCACUCUGCUCAAGGCUAGCGUCUACAGCAUCGUCCUGCAGCAGGAGAUUGACUGGGGUGACCAGUCGAGAGGCUGAGCCGCAGUCGAUCCGCAGUCGAGCCGCAGCCGAGCUGUAAGCCAUGGAAUUUGGCUUGCCUACCUACCUUAUCUUACCUAAUACGUACUGUGGAUGUGGUGGGAGAAAACAAAAAACGGAGGAAUGAAUGAGCGAGGGAAUGAACGCUAAUAUGAUUAUGACGAUGAUCAUGUUGAUGCUAUCGAGGUUCUGGUCCUGAUGAAUGAAUGAUACGGGAAUCAGAGUUCACGGACUACAUCAAUGAAAAAAAGAAUAACCCUAGCGUUAUGAAGCAAGUCAAAAUGGGAUGCUACAAACGGCAUGGCUUGUCAAAUCAUACGUGAAUCGGGGGAUGGUAUUAGCAUAAGAUUGCAAGAGACGAAUCCGAGCUAUAUUUAAGCUACGAUAGGACAAGGCAUAACGUCGGCGAGGAGCAGCGACAGGACGCACAUAACAUGGAGAUCAUGUCCGCUAAACACGUCACAGAAGAUACCCAAAUAAAUGAACAACAAAUGCCCUAAAC